ACACUGAACACCUGGAGGACCGCAUCACCAAAGAAACAAUCCGCUGCGGGGCACCUACAGUCGAUGCUAGUUCCUCCUGCGCGGGGACUGACAGACUCACUGUCAUCGAUCAAUCAUCAACAUUUAAUCGAUGAAUAAUCGUGUUUAUGAUUGAUUGGUAUCGAUAUCUGGUCGGUGGGGUUGUGCCACACAGUGUUCGGAGGUUGGAGGAGGAUGAGGAGGAGCUAGCUGCUGCUGCUGGAGGUAACGGGAGAGAAAACUUGUCCCCCUCGCACAUGUGGAGCUCAGUUUGGGUUCUGCUGCUUCCCCCUCGGGAGAAAACAAGACGAAACACAAGUUGGUCCUCUUUACCACUCCCCCCAUCACUGUCCUGUUACCUCGUCUGAGUCCAGGCUGAAGGCUGUAACGAAGGAUGGUUGCUGAGGCAGACUCGGGCUCUCAGAGCAGCGGUCUGCGGCUGAAGCAGGAGAUUUCCCUCCUCCAUGGGGUCUGUCUCAUCGUGGGAAAUAUGAUUGGUUCUGGCAUCUUCGUCUCACCUAAGGGCGUUCUUCUAUAUACGGGCUCAUUUGGCCUGUCCCUGGUAGUGUGGGUCAUUGGAGGAAUAUUUUCUGUUUUUGGAGCGUUAUGCUAUGCUGAGCUUGGAACCACUAUCCAUAAAUCUGGAGCUUCCUACGCCUACAUCCUGGAGGCCUUUGGAGGCUUCUUAGCUUUUAUUCGACUUUGGACAUCAUUGUUGAUAGUGGAACCAGCCUGUCAGGCAGUGAUAGCCCUGACCUUCUCCAACUACCUGGUCCAACCUUUUUACCCAACGUGUUCAGCUCCCUACAUUGCUGUCCGUCUCAUCGCUGCUGCCAUUAUAUGUCUUUUGACUUGUGUGAACUGCAUGAAAGUGAAAUGGGGUGCUAUUCUUCAGGUCAUCUCCACCGUAGCCAAGGUUCUCGCUCUCAUCGUCAUCAUCAUCACUGGCAUGGUUAAGCUGGCACAAGGUUUUGACCAGAACUUUGAGGACUCAUUCAAAGGGUCAAAGCUGAACCCUGGCGACAUGGCCUUGGCCCUUUAUUCAGCACUCUACUCAUACUCAGGCUGGGACACUCUCAAUUUCAUCACAGAAGAAAUCAAGAACCCAAAGAGGAAUCUGCCCUUAUCCAUCGCUAUUUCCAUGCCUAUUGUAACAGUGAUCUACAUCUUGACCAACGUAGCUUAUUACGUCGUCAUGGAUGCAGACAAAGUGCUCAGCAGUGAAGCUGUUGCCGUGACAUUUGCGGAUGAGGUGCUGGGCUGGGGUCGCUGGUUGAUCCCCCUUGCUGUGGCCAUUUCCUGCUACGGAGGUCUCAACUCCUCCAUCAUCGCUGCCUCCAGGUUGUUUUUUGUUGGUUCCAGAGAAGGCCAUCUACCUAGCGUCCUGUGCAUGAUCCACAUUAAGCGUUUCACUCCAAUUCCUGCCCUGCUUUUCAAUGGUGGCAUGUCUCUGUUGUAUCUCUCCGUGCCUGACGUUUUCCAGUUGAUCAACUACUUCAGUUUUAACUACUGGUUGUUCAUCGGCCUCUCAAUUGCCAGCCAGAUAUAUCUUCGCUUCAAAGCUCCUGACCUGCCCCGACCUGUUAAGCUGUCUCUGUUCUUCCCGAUCGUUUACUGCCUGUGCAGUGUGUUCCUGGUGGUGGUGCCUCUCUACAGUGACACCAUCAACUCUCUGGUAGGAAUUGCUGUGGCACUGUCCGGAGUCCCAGUCUACUUCUUAUGCAUCUACUUGCCACCCAGCUCCAGACCAUCUUUCUUAAGAGAAAUACUCGACGAGAGCUCUCUGAUCACCCAAAAACUGUGUAUGUGUUGUGUCGCCUCCACUGACAUUGAUCUGGACAACAUUGACCCAGACAAGAUCGAGUGACGAAGUUCUCUAAAGUAACCAGAAGAAAUGGGGGGAUGACUGAAAGAUGGAAGCUGCAGACAAUCAAGAUUUAAAUGUGUAAGGUUGGAUCGAUUUUAAAGGAGAAAAUGGACAGAUUACUCCAACACACCUCGAUCCCUCCACUCUCUCUCUCUCUCUCAUGGUACUGCCCAGAUUAACUCACACAAGAGCACAUCCACACAGUGGUACAUGAUGCAGUGUUGGAUCUGUGAUUCCAUCCUCACAUGCUCAAACAGUGCAACUCACAGGCACAUUACGGUGACACUGAAACACAUAAGAAAUAAUAAUCCAGUCCAGAGGGAGUUGAUUCAGCAGAAGGGGCUCAGGGGAUUCAUUCAAUAACAGAAAGAAGUUACAGGCAAUACACAGGUGGGAAGAAAAUGUUGUGUUCAUGCCUUACAUGCUAAUGAAGCUGGUGACCCCUCGUCACAGUUUGAAAUAUCAGUAGGUCGUUUUUUUUAUCUAAACAUUUAUAGGAACCUUAAGGUAAUAACACUCCUCAGUACUCUCAAAACAAAGGCUUAAGUAGGAAAAAUUUAGAGAAAUCAAAAUAGUUAAAAGGUCAGUUUGCUUUGCUUUGCUUGGUGGGUUUUCAGAUGUAUAGCUUACCUGUACGCAGCGCUACGUGAAGUCAAACAACGUACGACGGCCAAAAAGCCUGUUUAGAAACUGCUAUGAAUGGCGACAAUUUUGCACAUGUUCUCUUUAUGUUGUUGUACAAUUACCAUGUUUAUAGAAAGCUUUAUUCUCAUCUGUGAACUAAACUACAGGGGUAGAGGUUUUCUAGGAAUUAGUAAAGCAAAGAGAUUAAAUACAUUUCUGACAGUCAGUUUAAGCCAGGUGUAAUGUGUCUGUUGACUCAUGGUUUUAUUUAAGCAGGAGUAAUCCUACAUGAUCGUAACUGUUAACAUGAACGUCCUUCCUGUGACAUCUUUUCUCUUCUCAGCUAAAUCCUUUGUUUGCAUCUUCAGUGCCAUGUUUGCUUUCUGGUGCCUCCUAGUGGCUUCAAGCAGCAAUGUCUCAAGUGUCAUUCAUAAGUUUAUAUUUUUUUGUGUAUGUUGCUCCUGUUGUUUAUCACCUCAUUCUCUCCUCACCUCAAGUGUUGCUUGAAUCAAAAAGGCUUUAAAAGUCAAAGCUGACGUGAACCGUUGUGACUGUUUCCUGAGUCGGACACCUGUGUAGAUACAAACCUCAUGAUCGACCAUGCUGAUGUGAGAACGCUGUUGCUGAUUUAAAUUCCUACUCGCUCUUGUCUUAAGAGUUGGUAUCACAGAUAAGAUAUUAACACAAUAUUGUCUAGAAUACUUGGACCAUUUAUUCCACGGUACAUAACUUAGUGUGUUGAACCUGUAGCAAAGUGUCUCUGGGUUCUAGUACGAGCAUCAUAGCUGUAGUUUGAGCUACAGGUAGAGACGAGCUGAACUUUAGUGUUAGCGUUGUUCUCUAGUCCUUAUUGACUGUACGUGCCUUCUGUGAACGUGGUCUGCAUAAAGGACUGCUCUGCUUUUGAUAUCGUAAUGUACUUUUCUGUGAGCACAGUCAUACUGACACACGUUGCUGUAGGAGUUGCCAAAAUUUUCUCAGGAUAUUUUCCUGUUUUCAGCCGAAGUGGCUUCGCGAGCCAGAUGUUGUCGUUGAAGUCAGUGAACUGUCAGCUGGAAAUAAUCAGGGCUCCGCUUGAAUUUAUUGUGUCUUCUCAUAAGCACCUCCAUAACACCAGCCAACAGAAGAACACGUAUAUAUCUGUAAUGUUGCCUUCUCUGGAGUUGAUAUGUAAACCAAACCAGCCAGUUGUGUGUGUGUGUUUUUUGUCAAGUGUCAAAUAUCUGGAGUAAAGAAUAUUUACAUAUAUCUUCAUGUUAUGAACUGUUCUUGUCAUGUUGUUUGUUAAUUGAUUAAACUGUACAUUGGUAGACUUGCAUCACAA